AUGGCGCCAACAAGCCGCUCGGAAAGAUCCGCCGCGCCGUCAGAGUCCGUCUCCACGAUCUCAGCGAGCGGGCCAGGGAAUAGGCCCGUUCUGGCCGUCCUCGGUACCGGCUGGGCAGGCUUCACUCUCCUGCAAGAACUGUCCGCCUCCUCCCUUCUCAAAACGCACAAUGUCAUCGUGCUCUCACCCGCCCGCACCAUGGCGCUGACACCCCUCCUCGCCAGCGCGGCAUGUGGCAUCUUCGACUUCCGCGUCGCCGAAGAACCGGUCCGGAGAAUCGGGAUGAUGGGCCGCCACGCAUCCAGCGCAGGCGGAGGCGGAGGCGGAGGCGCCGCCAUCCAAAAGUACCAGGUCUGGGUCGAGGACGUGGAUCUCCGAGGGAGGACGUUGACGUGUCGACCCGCGGUGGGGAGUAACGGGAACGAGCGGCCGAGCGACGGCGGCAGCCAGGGGACCUUUGACGUGCGUUUUGAUCGGCUGGUCGUGGCGCCGGGCAGCGAGGUUAACACCUUCGGCACGCCGGGGGUGCGGGAACACUGCCUGUUUAUGAAAUCCGUGUCGGAUGCAAUGGCGCUGAAGGAGAGGGUGCUGGAUUGUUUCGAGCUCGCGUCGCUGCCGGGUUUCUCGGAGGGGCGCAGGCGCGACUUGUUGCAUUUCGUGAUUGUGGGCGGGGGACCGACGGGUGUCGAGCUGGCGGCUGAGCUCGACGAGUUGGUGCAUGGGCACCUGUUGGAGAUCUACCCGGAUUGCAGGGACCUGGUGAGCAUUAGCGUGUAUGAUGUUGCGGAUCGGAUGCUCGGGCAGUUUGGGGAGAAGCUGAGCGAGUAUGCGAUGGAGAAGUUUCGGAGGAGGGAUGUCAAUGUGAGGAUGAGUAGGCACAUUCAGGGAUUUGAGAAGGGGGUCAUGUCCGUCAAGGAGGACGGGGAGGUGGGCUUUGGAGUGGCGGUCUGGGCAGCGGGCAAUAAGACGUCCGGGCUUGUGGAGGGUAUGAAGGGUGUGAGGAAAGAUGAUAAAGGGAUGCUGGUCACGGAUCAACACCUGAGGGUCCUCGGCGACGGGCAGGGAGAUGGGGCCGUUAGAGGUGUCUACGCGUUGGGUGAUGCGGCUGGUAUCGACGGGAACUCGCUGCCCGCGACGGCGGAAGUGGCCGUACAGAAAGCCAAAUGGCUGGCGCAGCACCUGAUCGACUCUGCCGACGACGAGCUCGCGUUCGGAUCUUCGAGGGCUGCUCAAGUGAAGGGGCAAGGAUUUCAAUACGAGCAAAAGGCUUUGGUAGCAUACAUCGGUCGCAAAGACGGCGUCGUGGAUGGAGGUGGAGCGUGGACGGGCAAGAGCGCCUGGCUGGCCUGGAGAGGGGGAAGCCUGCAGUGGUCAAGAAGCUGGAGGAGGAAAGCCAUGAUGCUGGUCUACUGGGUGAUGAACAAGUGGGACGGCAGGGAGAUCGCUAGACGGUAG